GGCCCGGUGGGCGGGCCGGGCUGGUGGGUGCGGAGGGGAUCCGGCGGGCCGGGCCGGAGGGAGGGAGGCCGCAGAUCGGCUGGGCUGCCGCCGCUGCCCCUGCUACUGCUGCCGCCGCCGCCGAAGAUGUGGAGCCGCGGGCGGCGGCCCCUCCUCGCCCAGCCCGGGGCGUCCCGGCGGCUGCUGCUGCUGCUGCUGCUGCUGCCGUGCCCGGCGCGCCUGGCGCACAUCAAGAAGGCGGGGGCCACGGCCGCAGCCACGGCCCCGGCCCCCUGGGCCCCCGCGGAACCCGCCCCGCCGCCGGAGCCCGAGCCCGGGCCGGGGCCCGACAGCGCCGGCCCCUUCGGGCGCUACUACCACGAGGCGGAGCUGGGCGCCGAGCUGGCGGCGGCCGCGCGGCCCGGCCUGGGCCGCCUCUACAGCCUGGGCCGCUCGCUGGAGGGCCGGCCGCUGUGGGUGCUGCGCCUUACGGCGGGCCUUGGGGGCCAGGAGUCCGGCCGGGACCCCGCGUCCGUCGGGCCGGACCCGGGGCCGCGCGUCCCGGGGCGGCCGCAGGUGAAGCUCGUGGGCAACAUGCACGGCGAUGAGACGGUGUCGCGGCAGGUGCUCGUGUACCUGGCGCGGGAGCUGGCGGCAGGCUACGCGCGCGGGGACCCGCGCCUCGUGCGGCUGCUCAACACCACCGACGUGCACCUGCUGCCCAGCCUCAACCCCGACGGCUUCGAGCGCGCGCAGGAGGGCCGCUGCGACCCCGCGCCCGCCGACGCCCGCGCCGGCCGCUACAACAGCCGCGGCCACGACCUCAACCGCAGCUUCCCUGACCAGUUCGGCACCGGCGACCCCCCGGCGCUGGACGAGGUGCCCGAGGUGCGCGCCGUCAUCGAGUGGCUGCGGAGCAACGACUUUGUGCUUUCGGGAAACCUACAUGGUGGCUCUGUGGUGGCCAGCUACCCUUUUGAUGAUUCUCCUCAGCACAAGACCAGUGGGAUCUAUAGCAGGACUGAUGACGAUGAAGUCUUCAAGUACCUGGCCAGAGCCUAUGCCUCAAAACACCCGAUCAUGAAAACUGGUGACCCCCGAUGUCCUUCGGACGAAGAUGAGACUUUCAAAGAUGGGAUCACCAAUGGAGCCCAUUGGUAUGAUGUGGAAGGUGGUAUGCAGGAUUACAACUACAUGUGGUCCAACUGUUUCGAGAUCACGUUAGAACUGUCCUGUUGCAAGUACCCGCCUGCUUCUCAGCUUCGUCAGGAGUGGGAGAACAACCGGGAAUCUCUGAUCACGUUCAUUGAAAAGGUCCACAUUGGAGUUAGAGGGUUUGUGAAAGACUCCACGUCUGGUUCUGGCUUGGAAAAUGCAACCAUCUCGGUGGCUGGCAUCAACCAUAAUAUCACGAGCGGCAGAGGUGGCGAUUUCUACAGACUGCUCGUCGCUGGGACUUACAACAUCACGGCAGUUUCUGUUGGGUACAUGCCGAUGACAGUCAGUAACAUAGUGGUGCAAGAAGGUUCGGCCACGGAGGUGAACUUCCUGCUCCGGCCCACGGUGAUCCUCUCUGUGGAGCCGCAGACGGCGGUGCCCAGUGUGGCCCCCGUCGGAGACGCCCCUGAGACUCCCGCCUCCCCCCAGCCAGUCCAGCCCCAGGACUUUCACCACCACCAUUUCCCCGACAUGGAGAUUUUCUUGAGGAGGUUUGCCAACGAGUACCCCAACAUCACCCGUCUGUAUUCAUUGGGGAAAUCUGUCGAGUCAAGAGAGCUUUACGUGAUGGAGAUAUCAGAUAAUCCAGGUGUCCAUGAACCAGGUGAACCAGAAUUUAAAUACAUUGGGAACAUGCAUGGGAAUGAAGUCGUGGGCCGGGAGCUGCUGCUGAACCUCAUAGAAUUCCUCUGCAAGAACUUUGGGACAGACCCGGAGGUGACCGAGCUGGUCCGUAACACCCGGAUCCACCUGAUGCCCUCCAUGAACCCCGACGGCUACGAGAAGUCUCUGGAAGGAGACUCCACGGGCGUGGUUGGCCGAAACAACAGCAACAACUUUGAUCUGAACCGGAAUUUUCCAGACCAGUUCUUCCAGGUCACAGACCCCGUGCAGCCCGAGACCACGGCCGUCAUGAGCUGGCUGAAAACCUACCCGUUUGUGCUGUCCGCCAACCUGCAUGGAGGUUCUUUGGUUGUGAACUACCCAUAUGAUGAUGAUGAAGAAGGAGUUACCUCCUACAGCAGAUCUCCAGAUGAUGCUGUGUUCCAGCAUCUGGCCCUUUCUUAUUCCAAGGAAAAUUCUGAGAUGUAUCAGGGCAACUCCUGCAAGGACAUGUAUCCUGAUGAGCAUUUUUCCCACGGCAUAACCAAUGGAGCCAACUGGUACAGUGUCCCAGGCGGGAUGCAAGACUGGAACUAUCUCAACACAAAUUGCUUUGAAGUGACUAUCGAAUUAAGUUGUAUAAAAUACCCCUACGAGAAGGACUUGCCCAGGUAUUGGGAACAGAAUCGCAGGUCUCUGAUCCAGUUCAUGAAGCAGGUCCAUCGCGGCAUCAGAGGAUUUGUACUGGACGCCACAGAUGGACGCGGCAUCUUAAACGCCACCAUCAGUGUGGCUGACAUCAACCAUCCCGUCACCUCUUACAAAAGUGGGGAUUACUGGCGCCUCUUGGUUCCUGGAACUUACAAAAUCACAGCUUCAGCCCGAGGGUACAACCCCAUCACAAAGAACGUGACCGUGAAGGAUGAAGGGGCGGUCCAGGUUAAUUUCACACUCGUGCGAUCCUCGUCAGAUUCCAGGAAUAAGUCCAAGAUGAAGGAGAUCAUGGCGGACAGUGGCACGAGCGACCCGACAACCAAGGAAUUUGAGACCUUAAUCAAAGACCUCUCCGCUGAGAAUGGCCUGGAGCGCCUCAUGCUCAGCUCUUCUCCCAAUCUGGCCCUGUAUCGCUACCACUCCUACAAGGACCUGUCAGAGUUCCUGCGGGGACUCGUCAUGAACUAUCCCCACAUCACCAAUCUCACCAAUUUGGGUCAGAGUGCUGAAUUUCGUCAGAUCUGGUCCCUUGAAAUCUCCAAUAAGCCUAACAUGUCUGAGCCUGAGGAGCCCAAGAUUCGCUUCGUAGCCGGGAUCCAUGGGAACGCCCCCGUCGGCACAGAGCUGCUCCUGGCCCUGGCGGAAUUCCUCUGCCUGAACUACAAGAGGAACCCAGCUGUUACCAAAUUGAUUGACAGGACUAGAAUUGUGAUUGUGCCUUCUCUAAAUCCAGAUGGGCGGGAGAGAGCGCAAGAGAAGGCCUGCACCUCGCUGACGGGGCGCACCAACGCGCACGGCAGAGACCUGGACACAGACUUCACAAGUAAUGCCUCCCAGCCCGAGACCAAAGCCAUCAUGGAAAACUUGAUCCAGAAGCAGGACUUCAGUCUGUCCGUGGCUCUGGAUGGGGGCUCCGUGCUGGUCACCUACCCCUACGACAAGCCCGUGCAGACAGUGGAAAACAAAGAGACUCUGCGGCAUUUGGCAUCUCUCUACGCCAAUAAUCACCCGUCUAUGCACAUGGGGCAGCCCAGCUGCCCAAAUAAGUCAGAUGAGAACAUUCCAGGAGGAGUGAUUCGUGGGGCCGAAUGGCAUGGACACAUGGGCAGCAUGAAGGAUUACAGUGUCACGUAUGGUCACUGUCCGGAGAUCACUGUGUACACCAGCUGCUGUUACUUCCCCAGUGCCGGACAACUCCCUGCCUUGUGGGCAGAGAACAAGAAAUCCCUUCUCAGCAUGCUAGUGGAGGUUCACAAGGGCGUCCAUGGAAUUGUCCAGGACAAGAGUGGAAAACCAGUCUCGAAGGCAGUCAUCAUUCUCAACGAGGGCAUUAAGGUGCACACGAAAGAGGGUGGCUAUUUCCACGUGCUGUUAGCCCCUGGCUUCCAUAACAUCAACGCCAUAGCUGAUGGCUACCAGCAGCAGCAUUCCCAGGUCUUUGUGCACCAUGAUGCGGCCAGUUCAGUGGUCAUCGUCUUUGACACAGACAACCGGAUCUUUGGCUUGCCCAGGGAGCUUGUGGUGACCGUAGCAGGUGCCACCAUGUCAGCGCUGGUUCUGACAGCUUGCAUCAUCUGGUGUGUCUGUUCCAUCAAGUCCAACAGACACAAGGACGGCUUCCAUCGGCUCCGGCAGCAUCACGACGACUAUGAGGACGAAAUCCGGUUGAUGUCCACGGGCUCCAAGAAGUCCCUCUUAAGCCACGAAUUCCAGGAUGAAACAGACACGGAAGAGGAGACACUGUAUUCCAGCAAACACUGAGCCGCCCGCCAUCUGUCCCCGCCUAUGUCCUGAGCAGGAGGAGGGCUCCCUGCUUCUGGGAGAUUCUGUGUUUGUGCAGGCGGGCAGGCGACCAUCUGUCCUGCAUCUUCAGAAAGCUGUUAGGAAAGUUAACUGGCUGAAAAAAAUGUGUAACCUCCAUGAAUACGAAAGAUCUGGUCCUCCUUCGAUGUACUCUCAUCUUUUGUUUUUUCCUCUUUUUUUUGGAUCUCUUUCUAUUUAUGCAUCAGAGGAGGGCCAAGACAUGUCGUUCCCCCCCCACACUUUUUUUUUCCCCCAGCAAAACCCAGCUGUUUGGCUCACUUAAUGGCAGCAUCCAGCUGACUGGUAGAUGUUGCCUUUGCAUUCCGGGUAUUUGCUAGUGG